CGGCAGGUUGAGGCCGCGCGUCCGGCCGCCGCGCGCUCAGUGUCGCGGGUACCUCCAACGGCCGCCGGGAGCACGGCAGCGGGACACGCCGGCGAGCCAGCUCCCAGCCGCCGCCUCCCGGGAGGCUCGGCGCACGGCCCCGGAGCAGAUCCCGCGCUGAACCGUCGCCGCCCCCACCGGAUCGGCUCUCACCGGUGAGGACUGCGGGUGACCCCGGCCGACGCCCGGCCCCCGGGCAGAAGCGAGGAGCCUCGGCGACUGUCGGUUUCUCCUUGCUGUAGAAGAGACUGGAUGAUGUAACCGGCUCUCCAGCAAGACCACGUGGCCCUACACGGAGCAAGCUUCCUCAGACACUAUCUCAUUCUAGAGCCACUUGAAUAAAAAUGAUGUGACGGUUUUUACCAAAAGGAAUUUUUUGGAAGUGUGGGAUACCCGUGAAGAAGGUCAUCCUUUUCCCCAUCUGUGAAAUAGACAUUCUCGGAUUUCAAAAUGCCAGCCAAGACCCCAAUUUACCUGAAAGCAGCCAACAACAAGAAGGGAAAGAAAUUUAAACUGAGGGACAUUCUGUCCCCUGAUAUGAUCAGUCCUCCCUUGGGGGAUUUUCGUCACACCAUUCACAUAGGCAAAGAGGGCCAGCAUGACGUCUUUGGAGAUAUUUCCUUCCUUCAAGGGAACUAUGAGCUCCUGCCUGGGAACCAGGAGAAAGCACACUCGGGCCAGUUCCCCGGACAUAAUGACUUCUUCCGGGCCAACAGCACCUCGGACUCAAUGUUCACAGAGACACCCUCCCCGGUGCUCAAGAAUGCCAUCUCCCUUCCGACCAUCGGAGGGUCCCAGGCUCUCAUGCUGCCCUUAUUGUCACCAGUGACAUUUAAUUCCAAGCAGGAGUCCUUUGGGCGUCCUAAGUUGCCAAGGCUCAGCUGUGAGCCUGUCAUGGAAGAGAAAGUUCAGGAGAAAAGUAGCCUGUUAGAGAACGGGACAGUCCACCAGGGAGACACUUCGUGGGGCUCCAGUGGUUCUGCGUCUCAGUCCAGCCAGGGCAGGGACAGCCACUCCUCCAGCUUGUCCGAACAGUACUCCGACUGGCCCACAGAGGACAUGUUUGAGCACCCUGCCGCCUGCGAGCUGGUGAAGUCAAAGACUAAGUCAGAGGAAUCCCUCUCUGACCUGACGGGCUCCCUGCUCUCCCUGCAGUUGGAUCUUGGACCCUCACUUUUGGAUGAGGUCCUAAAUGUCAUGGAUAAAAAUAAGUAACCAGGAGUCAGCUCUUCCACACCCCCUGCCCCCUCCGGAGUAAGAGGUACCAAAAUAAGCAGAAAACAAAAAACUCAACCAACCACAACUGAUGGAAAGAGCUGACCUGGCUGGGUUUUUACAGCCAUGUGAUACAUUUUCUAAAAUAACGCUCCUGUUCCUACAAAAUAUUUUUUUAACCAUCAUGCCCUCUUUGCAGGAACAAUUUUGAAAACAAUAAUUAAAGAAGAAGAAGAAGAAAAAAAAAAAACCUGUUCUGGCAAAAAAGAAAAGAAAAAGAAAAAAGGAGAGAUAGAGGAAGUGAGUCAGAGCUCAUUUUCAGCAGGCAUUGCUGCUGUUCAGCUCAGUUUUGUUUGUUUGCAGACAGGCAGAAAUCCAGGCUGUCUAGAAGGGCUGGGUCCAUGGGUCUCCCCAAAGUGCUUUACGGCAUGUGAGAAGAAAAGCAAAACUUACUUAGCACCUAAGCCUUUUUUUCUUCUUCUGGACUCUUUUGUAUAUUAUAUCCUUUGGGUUCACCACAGCGGUUUCUCCACUGUUAAGAUUUUACUCUCUUCAUAUUCGAACAACCUCACGGGACUUGGGAUUGUUUUUUGUUUUGUUUUGUUUUCUUGUGAUUCUUAUAUAUCCCUGUAUAUUAUUCCCACGUUGCAAAAGCUUGACUGUCAGCUACAUGUUGGUAAAAAAACAAGCAAGGUAUUACUGUAACUAAGUUAUUUUUAAAGUUGAAAUAUAUUUUUAUGUGCCUUUGCCUUUUUAUUGCAGAGUCUACAUUUUAUAGAUAAUA